AUGGCGGCAACUGUUGGAUCGCGACGAAGAGUCAUCUUCCUUCGAAACAGACUCAAGUAUGCGCUGACAAACAGUGAAGUGGCAAAGAUAGUUAUGCAGCGGCUAAUAAAAGUCGAUGAAAAAGUCCGUACAGAUGCGAACUACCCAGCAGGACUCAUGAAUGUGGUGACAAUCGAAAAGACUCCAGAGAUUUUCCGUCUAAUUUAUGAUGUAAAGGGCCGUUUCACAAUACACAGAAUAACACCUAAGGAGGCAAAGUAUAAAUUGUGCAAAGUGAAGAGGGUGCAGACUGGUCCUAAAGGUAUCCCAUUCUUGGUGACCCAUGAUGGACGUACCAUCAGGUACCCAGACCCUGUUAUAAAAGUUAAUGACACAGUUCAGCUGGAUAUUGCUUCAGGAAAAAUAAUGGACUUCAUAAAAUUUGACUCAGGAAAUCUGUGCAUGAUCACUGGAGGCCGUAACUUGGUUCGAGUUGGGACUGUUGUGAACAGGGAACGACAUCCAGAAUCCUUUGACAUUGUGCAUAUAAAGGACGCCAAUGGUCACACUUUCGCUACGAGGUUGAAUAAUGUAUUCAUCAUUGGAAAGGCAACCAAGCCAUAUGUCUCAUUGCCUAGAGGCAAGGGAGUGAAACUGAGUAUUGCAGAAGAACGUGAUAUGAGACUAGCUGCAAAGGCAGCAUCUGGAUGAUGUAAUAGUUCUGUGGAAAAUUCUGUUUAAUUAAUAAAAAUCCAUC